GGCGCCAUUCAUUCAAGCACUCCACUGAACUUUUGCACACACGCGCUUUCAACAACGAUGAUGACGAGGGCGACUGUUUUGUUGGUGGCCGUGGUUGUGGUCGUUGGGUGGAUGGGGGAUGUGGUUGAGGCGGCCUCCCAGACGGACCUCGCUGGCGCGCAGGGCAACGCAUGGACGGCGUGCACGCACCUGCGCGUGUAUGGGCUCAACUUUGACCAAGGCCUGGCACGGUUCCUGGCAUACUCCAAUCCCCAGGUCAAGUCUGUGCUUGAGUUUGGCUGUGGGUUGGGCUUGUACCUGGACUACGUCUGCCGUCGGAGCAACGCCACAAAGGUCAUUGGCAUCGAGCCGGAGGCCAUGACCUUUGAGAACUCUGUGUUCUCGCGCGUCAACGACACGUCCUUGUGCCCGGCGCAGGCGGCCGUGAAUGUGCUCCACGCGUCCGAAGCUGAGCUGGCUGCGCUUGGGCUCAUGAGCAAGUUUGACCUCGUGUACUCCAUCGAAGUGCUGGAGCACAUCCCGCGAGAGUUUCACGACAAGAUGGCAGACUUCCUCGUUUCCAGGGUGGACAAGCUGUUGGUGUUCUCCGCUGCCCGACCAAACCAGGAAGGCUGGGGCCACAUUGCCGAGCGCCCGACAGAGGAGUGGAUCGAGGAGUUCACGUCGAGGGGGCUCGUGUACCUGUGGCGCGUGACGGAGCUUGUGCGCCGCGUGUGCGACAAGCGCAACGUCAACCACAAGCGCAACAUCCUGGUGUUUGCGCGACCGGGCACGUUCUUCGCCGACGACAACAGCAGCGUCUUCUCCCGCCAAAUCCUGCUCUCAAACCCAGAUGAUCAGCCAGCUGUCAUGUGGCCCGAGCUCCAGGCCAUGAGCACAAAGGUCUGCGGUGCCCCCGCAUGAGGUGGCUGUGUGCGUGUUGUCAACGCUUUGCUUCUUGGUAUUGUUACAUGACGUCGUAUCACAUACAUGCAUGACCUUCGUAUCUCCACUUCCUGUACCCAAGGCCUCUUCAGCCCACUCCACACACACACACACACACACACACACACACACACACACACCCUCUUA